AUGGGAAACUGUGUGUUAUAUUCUUCUCAUUCUGAUGUAUAUAAAACUAAUAAAAAUGAAUAUUAUGAAAAUUUAAUAUGCAAUUUUGUUAAGGGGGAUAAACUUAGCCUUGUCCAGAAGGCGUUUGUUGUAUAUGAAUUUUUACGGAAAAAAUCAGAAAAUAAAGAUGAAUAUUUAUAUUAUAUCAUUAAUAGCACUCAUAGAAAAAAAGUAAAAAGCGCAUUAGUGAAUUUAGGUGAAGAUAAGGAUAUAGACAUUUUUAAUUUUCUAUUAAAGUUAUAUAAAAAAAUGAACAAUGAUUAUUAUAAUAAUAUUAACGAUUUUAAUUAUACUAAUUAUUAUAAUUGGUUUCUUCAUGAAAAUUCAAAAUUUUCAAAAUUUCCAGAGCAAAUUAAUAUAAUACAAAAAAUAUAUAAUUUUAUAAGAAUAAAGUAUAUUUUAGAAAAUAUAUGUUUACAUGUAUAUUUUGAAAAAUAUGGAAUAUACAAUAAAUCCUAUGAAAUAAACAACAAUUUUGAAAAUAAAAUAUUAAAUAAUAAUGAAUUAGUAAAAAAUAAUGAUAAAUCAUUUGAAUUAUUAAAUUCAAAGAAAGGUACAAUGAAUAUUAUGUCUGUGGAAAGAAGGAAAAUGAUUAAAUCAAUAAGAAGCAAUUUUAAAAAAAUUGAAAAUAUAUCUACAAAUAAUAUACAACAACCAAUUGUAUUUGAUAGGUUUAAAAUGUCAAAUGAAAUAUGUUUAUAUAUUUUGAGUAAUAAUUAUAAAAUAAAAUGUAUUUUAUACAAUAUAUUUAUUGUUUUAUAUUUCUUAAAUAAACAUUGUAAUAUGUUUGCUAUAAAUGAUGAUACAAAAAAAAUAAUAAAAAGUGAAAUAAAAGAGCAAAUAAAAAAUGAACGGUCAAAAAACAAAUGUUUAAAUAAAGAUAAAAUAAAAUACACAUUAGAGCAUGGAAAUGUGUAUAUGACUUAUUUGUUUAUUUCUUUAUGUCUAUGUUUUGAUAACAAAAUUGAAGAAGAUAUAUUAUUUAAUCAUAAUAUUAAUUUAAAUCAAGAAAAUUUAUGUUUUUCUAAAUGUAUUAGUGAAUUUUUAGAUUUAUGUAGAAUUUCUUGUAAUAAAUCAAAUAAAUUUUGUUCUUAUGAAAUUAAAAAAAAAGAAAAAAAUAUAUAUCAUUGUUCUUUAAAAUCAAUUCAAAAUGUUGGAAUCAAUGAUAGCUUAAUAAAUUCACAUUUUAUAUGUCAAAAUAAAUUUCUAAAAAACAUUAUAAAUAUUGGAAACAGUAAUUAUUUGAUAAAUGAUAAUAUGAUAGUAUUUUGCUUUAUUCUUUUUGGUAAUAUAAAUUAUAUAAGUUCUAAUACAAAUAAUAUAAAAAGAAAUGGUAAUCAUUAUAAUCCCAAAUUAAUUUCAAAAGUUAAUAGUAAUGAUAUGUUUGGAAGCGAAAAUAUUAUUAGGAAAAAAAAAAAGCGAAAAAGAAUAUUAAAAAAAUUGUGGGAUAAAUUUCUACGAAAUAAAAAUUACAAAAACAGCGAUGGAAAUAAUUCAAUAAAUGAUGAUAUUAUUAAUAGCAUGUAUUAUGUUGAUUUCAAUUUAAAUAACAUAGGAUUAUUCAAAAUAAAUUUAUAUAAUUUAAAUGUAGAAAAUAUGCAAACUUUUGAUAAACAUAUAGAAAGUAAUAUUGAAUUGUAUACUAUUCAAAAACAAAAAGACGGUAGUCACGUUUAUGUAAAAAAAGAAAUUGAUAACAAAACUGAUAAUCAAUUGUUGCAAAAUGUUAAAAAUAAUAGUGGAGAUAUAAUAAGUGCUUUGCAAACGAUGAGAAACAAAGAAAUGUGUUACAUUUUUCCUGUAAAUUGUUGUGAAAAUUUGUAUGAUAAAAUUAAAAAAAAAAAAAAAAAAAAACAUGGCACUACUACAAUGACUAUGAAUGAAAAUUUUGUAGAAAAAGAAAAUAAAGAAAAAUUUAUAAAAGUGAAAGAUGUAGAUAACGAAUUUAAAAACGAAAAUGAGUAUUCAGAUCAAAUAAAAAUAAAUUAUGUUAAAAACCAGGAAAAUGUGCCCCUAAAUUAUAUAAAUGAAGAAAAUGGUGAUAAUAAUAUAAAAAAUGUUAACACAAAAUUUUUUUUUCAUAAUAAAGAAAAAAAUAAAAUAAGAGAGCCAUUUUUUAUAUAUGUAUAUGACACAUUUGUUUCUUUUGAAAUGGAACAACUUAUUUCAAAAUAUAAAAAAUUUAGUAAUAAAGACGAAGAAAUAAUUAAGACCAAACCUCCAAAAUAUAAACAAGUACAAAAACAUGGAAAAAUUAAUAAUGCAGAUUAUGGGAAUGAUAAAAUAUAUGAACAAAAAAAAAAAAAAAAUACUAAAAUAUGCAUAGAAAAAAAUAUAGACGACUAUGAUAAUAUAAAUUUAAAAAAAGAAAAUAAUGGAUAUUAUAAGAAUAAAAAGUGUAUUAAUAACAAAGUUCACAAUAAUAUUUUAAGAGAAAUUGAAGCAAAUUUUAAAGAUGAUAUAAUCGCAAAAAAUAUAUUCAAAAAAUAUAACAGAGCAUCCAAUGAUGCUGAUGUCGAUCUAUUUAUAAAUAAAAUGUACAAUAUAAUAAAAAAAAACAGCCAUAAAAUUGAUAAUAAAAAUAGUGGUGAAAAUAAAUGUUUAACAUUUAUGAAAAGAGUUGAAUCACUUAAAAAUGAACAAAAAGAAGAAAGCUAUAAUAAUAUAAAAAAAAAUAAAAGUGUGUUAAAAAAUGAAAAAAAAGAAAAAGUAAUUAAUGAACAAAAUGGGUUAGAUAAUGAAGAAAAACAAAGCAAUAACAGCAAUAAUAAUAAUAAGGAAUAUCAUUUAAAUAAUGAAUUAAAAGAUAUAGAAAAUGAUGAAAAUAAAAUAAACAAUAACAAAGAUGCUAUUAAUACUUUAAAAAUAUUUAUUCAACAUAAAUCAAUUGAUAAUAUAUCUUAUUUUGUAAAUAAUGCAGAUAUUGAAAUAACCUUUAAUUUGUUUAAAAUAUGUAAAAUCGAAAAAAGAAAAAAACUAAUUUUUAGUACAUAUGUAAACAGUGAACAAUCAGACAGAAAUAACAUAGACAAAGUUAAUUAUAAAAUUACAUUGGAUAAAAGUGAUAAAUUAAAAUAUAUGAUUGAUUUAUUAUUUUUACAUUUAAAUUACAAUAGAUUAUAUUAUAUAUAUAUUCCUAAUAGAUUAUUAAAUGUAAGUAAUACCAAGUUUGAAAAUAAUUUUUUUCUAAAUUUAAUUUUAUGCAAUGAUGACAUUAUUAUAGAAAAUUUAUGUAUUACACCAGCUAGUGGUAACAUAAAAUUUCCAAUUGAUAAAUAUAUUUGUUCAAUUUAUUUUGAUAAGAAUUAUUUUAUUAAGAUAGUUUUAUUUAUGUUAGUUAACUUAAUAAAAAUAUACAACAAAAUAAAAAAAGCACAAUAUUACUUUGAGGAAAAAUGCAAUGAAUUUAUGACAAGUUUUUAUGAUUAUUUUAACACAAAAAUAAAUAAAUUAAAUUACAAUUUUUAUAAGAAAAAAAAAAAAAAAAAGUUAUUUAUUAAAAAUGUUUUUUUUAAAAAAAAACAUAACGUAAAAAAUUCAGAUAAUCAAAUUAGAUCAAACAAUGGUUUAUGUGUGUCUUUAAAGCAUUAUUCAAAAUACAAUGAUAAAUACAUGAGUACAGAAGAAGAUAAUAAUGUAGAUAAAAAGUCAAUAAUAAUUAAUGUAUCGUCCACUUUAAAUUCAGAUAAUUAUACAAAUAAUGUUCAUAGUAAUAAUAAUGAUGAACAUUCUAAUAACUUUAACUGUUAUUUGAACCAAAUAAAUAAUGAGAAAUUUUUUGAUAUUGGAUAUAAAUACAAAAAUAUAUAUAUAAAAAUAAUUGAUAUAAAAUUAUAUGAAUGUAUUGUAGAAUACAUAGAUUAUAUAAGAGAAAAUAACAGUUAUUAUUAUUUGUGUCCAUAUAUAUUUGUUAACAAGUUUAAGGGGGUUUGCUUUUUGUUUAUACCAGUGUGCAAAAAUUUUUAUUUAAUCUUUAAUCUCUUUUUUUUCCAUUUUCUUAACUGUUCAAAUUUUUUUAAUUUUAAAAGAUGUUUUAAUAUGAGUAUUAAUAAUGAAGAAAAUACAAAAGUAAAUUUCAUCCUUCCGAGUACGAACAAUUUUUUGCAUAUUAACAAUUUGAUCAAAAUAUUAGAUAUUUACAAAAUAGACAAAAAUGUAUAUGUAAAAUAUAUACCAUUGUAUAAAGAAGUAAUACAAAAAAAUAAUAAUUCAGCUCGGUACUAUAAAUGGAAAAAAAAACAAAUUAUUAUUGAUAUUCGAAAUUCUUUUUCCUCACCAUAUUUUAUUCAUACCAAAAGUUUUGUUAACUUUAUUGAAAAUACAAAUUUAAAUGUAACCUUAAAAAAAUUAUAUUUAAAUAAAGACGACACAUUUUAUUUUAAAAUAGAUAAAAAAAACAAUUUUUCUGAUGAUAUAUACUCAAAUGGGAAUAAUGUUGUUUUUAUGUUUAAUUAUUAUUUUCAUAUAUAUACAUAUCAUAGUGAUGAAACAUAUAGCGCUUCAAAUAAAGAACUAUUUAGGUAUAAUAAAUACAUUAUUAUGCCAUAUUUUAAUGAUAUAUAUAUAUAUUCAGAAAAUUUACUUAAAUAUGUAAAAAUUCUCAAAUUUUUGGAAUCACGAAGAAAUAAGUUUAGUGAAAAGACAAAUGUUAAUGACAACUCUAAAAUAAAAGGCGGUAGUAGUGAUAUCAAUAAUGGUGAUGUGAUUAAAGACGAUAAAAUUGUAACAUUCAGAACAUUUUAUAUCCAAAAUUUGUAUGAAACAUGUAAUGAUUUAUUUAUAAAUUAUUUUUAUUUAUUGUUAAAUAAUUUAGUUAUAGAAUUAGUGAAUGAAAUGAAAUUAAAUAAUUUUUUGAGCAUAUUAAAUGUUUUACAAUUAUUAAAGAAAUAUAAUAUGAGCAUUGACAUGUAUUUUUGGACAUUAUAUGAUAAUUAUAUAAAUGUAUACAAUAAAUAUUGUGCCCAUGCUCAAUUAGUUAAAUUAUUUAAUAAUAACAAUCCAAAUGAAGUAUAUAAUUUUGAUUUUUUAAAAAACGUUAAUUAUAAUUAUUGUAAUAAGAAAAAAUUUUAUAUAAAAAGGAUAGUAAUAUUUUCAGCUUGUAUACUGAUAUCUUCUAUUUGUAAGCAUAUCAUCCAAUUUUUUGUGUCUAAUUUCAACUUUAACUAUGAAAUAGUAUUUAGUACAAUUUGCUUAUUAUUAUUUACAGACAAUAAUAAUAGAAGAAAUUUAAAUGAUGAUCAUAUGUAUUUAAAUAUUCAGAAAUCGAUAUAUUUUAAUAUAUUUUUUUCCCUUAGUUAUGUUUUACAAUAUAUUCCUUUAAAUGUUCAGUAUUUAAAUUUAUAUAAAAUUAUAAACAAGGUUAAAAAAUAUAAAACGAUUUUAGCUAUAUGCUUAAAUUAUAUAUGUGAAACAAAAUUACCAUUUUAUGUUUUUUGGAAACAUCAUUAUAUACCAAUAAGGUUAUUAAAAAACUUUUUUUCAUUCAACAAAAAAAUAAAUAUAAUUUGUAGAGAGAAUUACGAACUAAAUGACAUAGUAGAUGAUAAUAGAUUUGAAGAAAGUUAUUAUAAUGAAAGAAAUUUUAAAAUUAAUAAAAAGGAAAAUAUGAAAUGGAUUAAUGAAAAAUAUUGUUAUAAUAUUCCAAACAAUUAUUCAAAUAUGUUCAAAAAUAAAAAAAUGGUAAAAAAUGCAAUAUACAGAUAUUUUCAGAGUGAAAGUGGAAAAAAUAAAUAUUGGAAUAUUAUAUAUUAUAUUAUUAAAAUGAAUUUUAAUUCAAAUUCAAAUAAAUUAGAAUUUUAUGAUUUAAAAAAUGUCCACAAUAAUAUAAUAAGUUAUUUUACAAACAUAAAUAUACAUGCUCUUCAAUUAAUUAAUAACAACGAUGAUAUUUUUCAGUUAAUUUAUUUACACUUUGUUAACUUUAUAUCAAUGUGUUGGAAUGAAGAUAAUGCUUUAAAUAAUAAUAUGUCUAGUUCAGAAAAUAUUAUACCAAAUGAACUGACAAAUAAUAACGUUUUAAAUAAUGUGGUAAAUAUAUCUGCAAAAGCGAGUGAAUAUUUUAAAAUGAAUAACACACUAAUGAAGUAUUGUAGUGAGUUUAGUUUAAAUGCACAUUUUUUGUUUGCAAAUGAGUGUAAUUUUGUAGACAAAAUUGUAUUUAAUGUUUUGUUAGAAAUAUUAGAAACAUAUUAUGCCAAUUUAUUAGAUAUUUUACCAAUAUUUAAAAAAAAGCACUUUAAAGUGCUAACCUAUGAUCUUAAAAUAUAUUUAAUAAAUAUAUUUUUUUUUAUAUUUGUUACUACAGAUAAAUAUAGAAUAUAUGAUAUAAAUAAUAAGGACAAAUUUUCAAAAUUAUAUAAACAUGAUUUUAUGAAACAAAAAUACAAUAUGCUACAAUUUGAUAAAAAUAAUGAUAUUUUAAACAAAUCAAAAUUAAACGAUUUGUUUGUAGAAAAUGAACAAUAUUUUUCACCUCGAAAUUAUUUUGAAAUUUUAAAAAAUAAAAACGAUAAAUAUGGAAUAAAUAGUUAUAAUAAUAAAGACAGUAUUCAUGAAUACUUCAAUUUUUGUGACACAGGGAAUGAAAUAGAAUUUGAAAGCGAAAAUAAAAUUCAUACUGAAUGUGAAAUUGAAACACAAUCAGGAAGUGAAAGAUAUUUAGAAAUAGAGAAUAAUAAAAACUUAAAAGAAGAUAUAAUUGAUAAAAGUGAAAAGCUUACACCAAAUAACUACAAACAAACUAUUAAAAUUGUUUUAUUAGAUAAUGAUUACAAUAUUUAUAUAAUCGAAUUUUUCUUUAAACUUAUUUUAAGAAUCAUUCCUUUUUUUAAAUUGAAAGAUAAACAUAAAGAUAAAAAUGUUAUGCUUAAAUCAACGAUUAUUUAUAAUAUAAAAAUUAUAUUAGCUUCUUUAACAUCUUUUAAAAACAUUAUAUUAUCGAUGAAAAAUAAUUUUUAUAUAUUUAUUUAUUAUUUCUUCAUAAAAGGUUAUAUAUCAUUAAUUUUAUUAAAUGUAAAUAGUGCUAUCAAAAAUUUCAAGAAAGUUUUUGCCCUUAUAGUAUUUUUUUUUGGAAAUCCUAUAAACUCUAUAAAUACACAUCCAUUUCUAAUAUAUGUUACAUAUAUUUUAUAUGUAUUAACAAUAUUAUCCAAAUUAAAUCUUAUCAAUUUUUUUGAAGAUGUCCAUAAAAAUGGAACAGAAAUAUUUAGUGAAGAUAUAAUUAAAAAGGUAUUUCCAUGUGAAAAUUACUCCGCUGAUAAUAACAGCACGGUCUAUGAUAAUACUAAACGUGAAGAUAUGAAUCAUAAUAGUAGCGAUAAUAAUAGCUAUAAAAAUGACAGGGGAAAAGAAAACGAUAUAAACAUCAGUGCAACACAAAAUGUAGGUGACAAUAAUAAUUAUGAAAAACUCGAAAGCAAUAAGGAAAAGAAAAUUAAAAAAAAAAAUACUGAUGAAAAAAAAUAUAUUAACAAUAUAUGGAUGAAACAAAAAUAUGAAAUAUGGAUGUAUUUAGAAAUCAUUCGUACAAUUAAAAGGAAUUAUAUAAAAUUUAACAAUAAUAUAUACUUAGUACCUUUAAAUUACUUUUUUAUAAAUUUGAAAAAAAAUUUGAAGAAAUAUUUAGACGAAAAAGCAAAUCAUAUAUUCGACAAAGCGUGUAAUAAUAAUGAUAAAGCAAAAGAUAAUAAUUUUAAAAAAUAUGUAGAUAUCAAUACAAUUAAAAAAAAAAAAAAUGAUGAUAAAUAUACCACAAAAGAAAUUAGUAUAAAUAAUAGAAUAAAGGAUAAAAACAUGCUUAUAAAUAUCAAUAACAAUUUCAUAGCACUAUAUCCAAACUGUGAACAUGUAAAUAUUCCUAAAUUAUAUAUUAAGGGUGAGAUUAAUAAAUCAGUCCCAUCAAUAGAAAAUAUAGACAAUUUUGAAAAAAACAUAACAUAUUAUAAUAAAAAAGUGGAUAAAGAAACGAAAAGCAUAGACCCAAAACAAAUAAACCAAAUUAAAUAUCAACGUGAGGAAGAUGUAAAUAUGUGUAAAGAACAAAAAGAAGAUAAUGAAAAGCAAAAUAGACAAAAGGGGCAAAAAAAAAGUAUAUCUACAUUUACAAAUUUGAAUAAUUCUGUAAAAAAUGAUAAUGUAAAAUAUGAAUACAAUAAAAUAUUGUAUGGAAGUGUUGAUAAAAAAGAUAUAUGUAAUAUAUUAUUAUAUAACAUAAUUUAUAUAAACAAAAUGAAUAGAAAAAUAAAUAAUUGUAAAUUUGCAUGUUUUAACUUUAAAUAUUAUACAUAUAAUAAAAUAAUAUCUGAUUAUAAUAAUUAUUACAAUAAAGUUAUAUUGAAAAGUUUUAAAACCAAGUUAUGCGAAAAUUAUUAUGCAUACACUUUUGGAAAUAAUGAAAAUGGGGCACUUGCUAUUGGAAAACCAUCCCACUUAAAGUUAUCACCAACUAUUGGUGAAAUGGGAUAUGAAGAAAAUAAGACAAGCAUUAAAAAAGGAACCGAUUUUUGGUUUACAAAUAGUUUGCAGUUCUUACCAAUGGAAAUAAAAAAAGUAUGUGUGAAUGGAAAUAUGAUUUCAAUAAUUGAUAAUAAACACAAUUUAUAUAUUUGUGGGAAAAAUAGCCUUAUUGAAACAAAAAAUAAGUUAUGCAUUAAAGAUAAAAAUAUGAAAUUAAAAAAUGAAAAUAAAAUAGCACACAAAAAAAAUGAGAAUUCAUUAAAAAAUAAUAUUAUAGAAAAGGUUCCGUUUGACAAAUUUUUCACAAAUUUAAAAUUAAAAAAAAUUAAAAAACAAAAAAAUAAUUUACUUGAUUAUAAUAGUUCAUCAGGCGACAGUGAUGAUUUAUUAUUAGAAGAUGCUUCAAUGAUGUGUGAAACAAUGGUUUAUGCAAAUCCAAAAUGUUAUUGUGACGAAUUAACGGCCUAUUAUGAAAAUACAAAAUAUAAAAACAGUAAAUAUAACUAUUGUACUUAUUGUGCAUCUUUAUAUGAUGCAUAUAAUAAUUUAAGUUCAUGUGAUAGUGAUAUAUGUUCUUCCUUUGAUAGUGGAAAUAGUGAUUCUACAUAUGUUAAAGUUGAUAAUUUAGAUGAAAUAAAUAAAAAUAUCAACAUAAAUCUUUUAUUAAACAAUAAUAAAGAUAAAUCAUUUUUUGUAAAAAAAAAAAAUGAUAUUUUAAAAAAAGUUUCAAUAGAAGAUUUUAAUAUAUAUAACACAAUAUUGUACUCUUCAUCAUAUGCAAACCAAUAUUUAGCAUAUGUUUUACCUGAUCAAAAAUAUUCCAUAAAAUUCAUGAAAAAGCAUUUUAAUAAAAUUUCCAUCCAAAAUUACAAACAACGAAUAAAUAGUAAAUUAAAAUCUAAAACAAGCGAAAGCAUAGAUACUUCAAAUUAUAAUAGUAAGCAUAAUGAAUACAAGAAAAAUAUUAAAGAAAGUUCUAAUAGAAAUUCAUUAUUAAAAAAAGGCAAAUAUAAAAAAGUUACAAUAGACAAUAAUAUUAAUAAUAAUAAAUUUAUUUAUAAUUUUAUACACGAUAUAAAAACGAGAAUAAAAUUUGUUGACAUUUACAAUGGUUCCGAUUUUGUUAUAUCCAUUAAUAAUUUUGGACAUGUUUAUUCAUGGGGAAAUAAUAAAUAUGGAUGUUUAGGUACUGGUGAUAAUAUUAAUAGAUAUGCUCCAACAUUAAUUAAUCCUGGUCAUUUCUUUUUAUAUGAUUUUGAAAAGUUGCAAAUACAUACCAAUUACAAAACAGAAGUAAAAAUUAAAAAUCAUGGGGAAGUUAAUAACAAAUGUUCUGAUAAUAUCUUAUAUAAUUCUCUAAUUCUAGAAACAAUAAAAAAAUAUAUCUAUAAUAAAAAUAAAGAUUCAAUGAAUAAUUUAAAAGCACCUAAUGAAAAAUUUAGUGAAUCUGAAGAAAAGUCCAUGAAUUCAAAUAAUUUUGCAAACCCUAAUAAAUAUAAAGACGAUGAUUUUUUUACUUUAAAAACAAACAAUCUUUAUUCUUCAAACCAUAUGUUUAAUUUUAAGAACCUAGAAGUUAAAAAUGUCAUUAUAAGUGUGCAUAAAAUUUAUGUCCCUAUUAGUUCGGUUUUUUGUGGUGACAAUCAUGUUUGUGCAUAUUCUAAUGGAUCUAUAUUUAUGUGGGGGGAGCAAAAAUUAGGUCAAACAUCUAUUCCUUUUGAAAAUAUUUAUUUUGAUUGUUUUGAUAAAUGUGAUAUUUUAGAUAGUGAAACAAAUGAUAAUUGUAAACAAAAUUUUAACGACAGAAGGACUAAUAAAAUAAAUAAAAUACAAAAAGAUACAAUAUCAUCAUUUUCAAGUUCGUCUGAUAAUUCUAGUGUAACAGACAAAAAUAAAUAUUUUAAAAAUUCGUUUACCAAAAAUAUUUCACUUAAAAAAAAAACAUUGAGUUCUAAUGUUGAUAAUCCGAUACAUAACGUUUUUAGCUUAACAAAUAAUGAAGUGUUUCUCAACAACAAUAAAAUAUAUUUAUCUUCCAAUUUAAAUUCAAUGAAUAAUAUAAAAAGAGCAAAACAUAACAAUAAUUUAGUUCUUUUUCCAAUUCAAAUAUGCUUAUUUAAUUUGUCUUAUAGGGUGAAAAAAGUGGAAAGAAAUUCAAAUAGCAAACUUUCUAACAAGGAUGUUAUUAAGAAUAAAAACAAUCUUCAAAAAUUAAUAGACUCAAAUCGUAAUUUCAAAGAUUUUGAAAAUUACGAUAGUAAUAAUAAUAUUGAUAAGACCAUGAAAAAAAAAUUGGAAACAAAUGUAGAUAUGGAAAAUACGAAUGUAAAAAAACCUAAUUAUAUUAGACUAUAUGAUUACUUAGAAACAUUUAUAAAGGCAGAAAUUGUAAAUAUUUAUAUGAAUCUUUUUAGAAAUGAUAUAAAUAUUUAUACAAAUAUUCCUAACAAUAGUAACAUAAAUCCAUAUAUUUAUGGAAUGAAAUUUUAUGAUUACAAUUUUUACGAUAACAAUUAUACGAAUGUUCAAGAUUAUUAUGAUAUAAAAUCAAAUAAAAAAAAAUAUAAGAGUGGUAGUAAUUUGUAUUCAUCAAAUGAAAAUUAUAAGCAUAAGGAUUCAAGUCGCAAGUUAAUUGAUGAAACAAAAAAUGAAUCUUUAAAUCAUGAAAAAGGUGGUGAUAUACUUAAUGCAUCUGAUCCAAAUAAAUUCAUCAAAUUAAUGAAAGAAGAUGAAAUGAUUGAUCCACAAAUUUAUGAAUACAUUGAAAAGGAAGAAACCGUGUGUAUUAAUAUCAAAUUAAUAAUUUUUUUAUUUCUUUUUAUAAAAAAGAAAUAUAUGAUAAUUUUCUUGAACACGAUUUUAAUGGUAUCAAAUAUAUCUUGCGGUGAAGCAAACACUGUGAUAACAUGCUUUAAGAAAAGUAUUUAUGAUAAAUAUUAUCAAUAUAUAAUGAAAAAUAUUACUUGUAUAGAAAAUUACAAACAUUUGGAAAGUGAAAAAUUGAAAUCAAAAAUUAAUGCAAAUUUGCCAGAACAUUCUGCUUCAUUAAGUGAAACAUGUGAUAAUAUUUAUAGAAAUGAUAUAUUUGACAUUAAAAAUUACACGGGAGCGAUUAUAGGUUGGGGAGAUAAAUCAUUUGAUGAAUUUAAAGUUAUGGAUUCCACUUAUUCCUGCUCUGAUACGUCAUGUUUAUACCGCAUGAUAGAAGAAAUAUUAGCACAUUAUAUGUGCAUCUAUGUUUGUGGCAGAGACACAAAUAAUAACCUGUGUUUAAAUAAUAUAAAUGAUAGUAUAUAUACGUUCACUCGGAUUAGUAAUAACUUUUUCAAUUACAAUUUUAAUAAUUUUUUAUGCAUGUACAAGUAUAAUUAUUAUCUUUAUUACGUACACCAAAACAAUGUUCACAUUAAUCAUAAUAAUGAUGUUACCUAUAUACACAACAAUCCCCUUACAUCUUUUAAAAAUAAAUUUAACAUAUUUGCAACUCGAGAAAGUAAUAACGGAAGUGAAGAAAAUACAAGGGAUCAAAAUAAUUUCACAAAUAAAUUUAUAAUAAUAAAAAAAAUUGUUUGUAGUAAUAUUGUAACAUGCUUAGUUGAUAUACACAAUAAUAUUUAUAUAGCUGGAGACUUGAAAUAUUAUUUUCCGAAUUAUUUUCAGCAUAUAGCAUAUGGAUUAUCACCAUUUGUUAAAAUAAAUUUAAAUAAUCCCAAAAAUAUAAAAAAUAUAUCUAUUAACCAAAAUAAUAUUUUUUUGAUAUAUGAUGAUCAUUCUAUAAAAAUAUUAGGUUAUAAUAAUUAUAUUGACUUCUUUAAACAUCAUCAUCCUAUAUUUUUUACAAAUAAGCACAACCAAAAACAUUCAUAUAAAAGUUUAACUAUACAAAAUUCUGAUUUUUUAGUAAAAGAUGUACAAACUGGAAGCAAUUGCACUGUUUUUGUUAUGAAAAGAAAAAAAGGGAAGAAAAAUUAA